GCGAAACUUAUUCAUUGAGGUGAGAACAUUUGCAUCGUUUCUCUCUUUGUGCCUAAUGUGGAUAACUUUGGUUACAUUUCAUUUUAAUUUUUGUUGUGGUCAGGGCCGGCGCAUUAUAAGUGGAGUGGCAAUAUAAACUUGAGACAAUGAAAUACUUCGAGAAAGAGCAUGGUAGCGGACCACAAUCUUCUGAGGGCUCGAAGUCUGGUCUUGGUGAGGCAGGCUUGAACUCCGGUCUUGGUGAGGCGCAUUCUUGUGAGGGCUCAAACUCCGGUCUUGGCGAGACAAGCCCUGACUUCAGUGGUGCCAGUUUCUCGUUGGAUGACGACGAGAUCAACGCCUACGACAGCAUCCUGAACCUCCAAGCGCCUGACUUCACCACCGUCAUGGCGAUUGUGCAUGGCGCAGGCCUCGGGCCGGAGGCCGUCGAGGACGAGGACUUUCUUUACUUCGCCAAUGUCGUUGGCUUCACGAACAGCCUCGGGAAGGAGUCCAACAAAGAAGACGACAUGGUCAGUGUGUUGCUGAAUGUGGAUGAUGUUUCUGAAGAAUUGUGA